UCCUCGUUUUCCCCGUCUUUCCCAAGUGUCCGUCGGAAUUUACCUACGAUCUCCACACCAAAGGAGAACACUGGAUAAUUAGACGCACUUUUGGUGCUCGUCCCCGGCCCCUUUCUCCCUCCUAGGAGCCGCCACUACCGUUAUUUGAGGUUCAACCAGGUCCAGCCCUAUCAAGCCUCGAAAUGGAUGGGCUGUUAGCGAUGGACUCGAGCAGCGACUCAGCUAUCUCGUCUGAUGAGAGCGAUUAUCUCGCCAACUCUGAUGAAGCCAAUGAUGAGAUUCGUCCGACAACACGUUCUCUCGGGUCGAACAGAGACUAUGUCGGGAACUGGAAGCCUGCCGAGGCGUUUCGCGAGUUGUAUCAAAAUGGAAGGAUGCUAUUGUCGACUCGUUUGACCUCGACCCUCGCGACCCCCAGUCAUUCGCGCCGAGCUGGAAUGAAACCCCGAAUGAGAUACAGAUUACGGUCCAUCGGAAGACCGCCUCGGGUGACGGCCAAUACUCAAAGGAGCUCCUCGGUUACAUCCGCUUCGAUAAGAAGGCUGGAAGUCUUGAGCUGGCAAACUUCAAAAAUAGGUUCGAGAUGAGUUAUCUGGGUCUUGGCGGGACGACCAAGCGGGGGCACAACAAGUUCGCCGGCGUCCAUGGGGAGGGCCUCAAGCUUGCGACUUUGGUGAUGCACCGCAACAAC